GUGAGGAAGUGAUGAACACAGACAGCAGCAGCGUCUGUCAGUGUCUGCAGACGGAGGAGGAGGAGGAGGACGUCUCUCUGACCUCAUCUGGACGGGACUUUAACAGCAGGAAACCACGAUGACGGUAGUGGACCUCUUCAACACUCUGGAGGAUUUAAAAGAAGAUGAAUUUAAGACAUUCAAAUGGCAUCUGCAGCAAGAUAUCCUGGAAGGCUACCAAAGCAUCAAAGUGGCCGAGCUGGAGAAGGCAGAAAGGCAGGACACAGUGGAUGUGAUGGUGAAUACCUAUCACCUUCAUGGAGCUCUGAAGGUGACUAAGAAGGUUUUAGAGAUGAUCAACAGGAAUGAUCUAGCGCAGAGUCUGCCAGACACCAGCUCAGGAGCAGAGACUUCACAGAACACAGGAACUCCCUCCUCUCAGAGCAAAGAUGGGGUGGUUAAGGAACCAAAGCCAGCACGGCAUAUCUCAGAAUACAAAGAAAAGAUUCAGCCAAACUUCAAAGACCGUUACAAGGAACUACAAGAAGGGUUGACGGAGGAGAAACAACCUCUGGAUAAGAUGUACACACAUCUCACUGUCACAGCUGGGGGUGACGUACACAUCAACACACAGCAUGAGGUCAGGCAGAUUGAGACAGUGAAACCAGCAGAUACAGAGACAAUAAUUAAACUUUGUGACAUGUUCAAACACCCCUCUGGAGAAGACAGCUCCAUAAGAACAGUGCUGACCAAGGGAAUCGCAGGAAUUGGAAAAACAUUUCUUGUGCACAAGUUUGUGUUGGACUGGGCUGAAGGAAGAGCCAAUCAAGAUGUGCAUCUCGUUUUCCCCUUCACCUUCCGUGAGCUGAAUUCAUGGAAGGGAGUGAAGGUGUGUUUGGCAGAGCUCAUUCAUGAAUGUAUCUGGGAGACCAAAGACAUCACGAAAGAAGCUCUUAAUCACAUCUUUAAAAAGCUGCAGUCAACAGGAAACACCAACUUUGACAGGAGUGAAUUCAAACUUCUGUUUAUUUUGGAUGGACUGGAUGAGAGCCACCUUGAUCUGGACUGCUCCACCAAUAAAAACAAGGCAGUUAUAAUUGAUGUGAGUGCGCCAACCUCAGUAGACAAGCUGCUGACGAACCUCAUCAAGAAGAGAGUGCUUCCCUCUGCUCGUCUCUGGAUAACCACACGACCUGCAGCAGCCAAUCAGAUCCAUUCUGACUUUGUAGACAUCACGACAGAGGUCAGAGGGUUCUCCGACCCACAGAAGGAGGAGUACUUCAGGAAGAGAUUCACAGAUGAGGAGCAGGCCAGCAGAAUCAUCUCCCACAUCAAGACAUCACGAAGCCUCCACAUCAUGUGCCACAUCCCAGUCUUCUGCUGGAUCACUGCUAUAGUUCUAGAUAAAGUAAUAAAAAACAGAAAGGGAGGGGAGCUGCCCAAGACCCUGACUGAGAUGUACGCAGAAUUCCUGCGGUUUCAGAUUCAUCAGACAAAAGAGAAGUAUGACCCCGAAGAGCGUGACCCAGAAAAGUGCAUUCAGUACAUUGAGUCAUUAGCAAAACUGGCUUACCAUCAGUUGGAAAAGGGCAAAGUGAUCUUCUACGAGAAAGAUCUAGAAGAGAGUGGCAUUGAUGUCAGUGGGGCUUCGAAGUACUCAGGAGUUUUCACAGAGAUCUUCAAAAAGGAAAGUCGGGGAAAGGACAAAAAACAGAUGUUUAGUUUCGUCCAUCUGAGUGUUCAAGAGUUUCUGGCUGCUCUUCAUGUAGAGAGCGCAGUCAUUAACAGAAACAAGAAUGUGAUGUUUGGGCAAAGUUUGCUUGAAAAAGGGCGAAUGGCUUUCAGCAAAAAAUCUAUGAUGUCUAAGGUCCACAGGUUUGCUAUUGACAAGGCCUUACAGAGUCCAAACGGCCACCUGGACUUGUUCCUUCGCUUCCUCCUGGGUCUUUCACUGCAGACCAAUCAGGAUCUCCUCCAAGACCUGCUGGCUCAGACAGGACGAAGCUCAGAGACCAAUCAGGAAACAGUGGAGUACAUCAAGAAGAAGAUCAACGGGGAUCUGUCUGCAGAGAGAAGCAUCAAUCUGUUCCACUGUCUGAAUGAACUGAAUGAUCGUUCACUAUUGGAGCAGAUCCAACAGGCCCUGAGUUCAGGACGUCUCUCCACAGAUGAACUGUCUCCUGCUCAGUGGUCAGCUCUGGUCUUCAUCUUACUGUCAUCAGAAGAAGAUCUGGACGUGUUUGACCUGAACAAAUAUUCUGCUUCAGAGGAGGCUCUUCUGAGGCUGCUGCUAGUGGUCAAAGCCUCCAAAAAAGCUCUGCUGAGUGGCUGUAACCUGUCAGAGAGAAGCUGUGAAGAUCUGUCCUCAGUUCUCAGCUCAGAGUCCUCUAGUCUAAGAGAGCUGGACCUGAGUAACAACAAACUAAUGGAUACAGGAGGGAAGCUGCUUUCUACUGCAGUGAAGAGUCCACACUGUAAACUGGAGACUCUCAGGCUGAGUGCCUGUAACCUGUCAGAGAGAAGCUGUGAAGAUCUAUCCUCAGUUCUCAGCUCAGAGUCCUCUAGUCUGAGAGAGCUGGACCUGAGUAACAAUGAACUGAAGGAUUCAGGAGGGAAGCUGCUUUCUACUGGAGUGAAGAGUCCACAAUGUAAACUGGAGACUCUCAGGCUGAGUCGCUGUAACCUGUCAGAGAGAAGCUGUGAAGAUCUAUCCUCAGUUCUCAACUCAGAGUCCUCUAGUUUGAGAGAGCUGGACCUGAGUAACAACGAACUGAAGGAUUCAGGAGGGAAGCUGCUUUCUACCGGUUUGAAGAGUCCACACUGUAAACUGGAGACUCUUAGGCUGAGUGGCUGUAACCUGUCAGAGAGAAGCUGUGAAGAUAUGUCCUCAGUUCUCAGCUCAGAGUCCUCUAGUCUGAGAGAGCUGGACCUGAGUAACAAUGAACUGAAGGAUUCAGGAGGGAAGCUGCUUUCUACUGGAGUGAAGAGUCCACACUGUAAACUGGAGACUCUCAGUUUGUCAGGCUGUCUGAUCACAGAGGAAGGCUGUACUUCUCUGGCAUCAGCUCUGAGCUCCAACCCCUCCCAUCUGAGAGUGCUGGACCUGAGCUACAAUCAUCCAGGAGCCUCGGGAGAGAAGCUGCUUUCAGCUAUACGGGAGGAUCCACAUUGCAGACUGGACACUCUAAGGCUGUAUCAUUGUGGAGAGCAGUGGCUGAAACCUGGUCUGAGGAAAUAUUCCUGUCAACUCACACUGGACACAAACACAGCACACAGAAAACUCAAACUGUCUGACAACAACAGGAAGGUGACAUGGGUGAUGGAGGAUCAGACAUAUCCUGAUCAUCCAGAGAGGUUUGACUGGUGGCCUCAGCUGCUGUGUAGAGAUGGUCUGACUGGUCGCUGUUACUGGGAGGUCGAGAGGAGAGGAAGGGUUGAUAUAUCAGUGAGUUACAGAGGAAUCAGGAGGAAAGGAGACAGUAGAAACUGUUUGUUUGGUGGUAAUGAUCAGUCCUGGAGUCUGAGGUGCUCUGAUGAUGGUUACUCUGUCUGUCACAAUAACAUACCAACAUCCAUCUCCUCCUCCUCUGUCUCUGAGAGAGUAGCAGUGUAUGUGGACUGUCCUGCUCGCUCUCUGUCCUUCUACUCAGUCUCCUCUGACUCACUGAUCCACCUCCACACCUUCAACACCACAUUCACUCAGCCUCUCUAUCCUGGGUUCUGGGUAGGGUCUGAUUCCUCAGUGUCUCUGUGUUCUCUGAGCUACAAUCAUCCAGGAGACUCGGGAGAGAAGCUGCUUUCAGCUAGACGGGAGGAUCCACACUGCAGUCUGGACACUCUAAGGCUGGAUCAUGGUGGAGAGCAGAGGCUGAAACCUGAUCUGAGAAAGUAUUCCUGUCAACUCACACUGGACACAAACACAGUGAACAGAUACCUCAAACUGUCUGACAACAACAAGAAGGUAACAUUAGUGGAGGAGGAGCAUCCAUAUCCUGAUCAUCCAGAGAGGUUUGACAUCUGGCCUCAGCUGCUGUGUAGAGAUGGUCUGACUGGUCGCUGUUACUGGGAGGUUGAGACGAGAGGAGAUGUUAAUAUAUCAGUUAGUUACAGAGGAAUCAGGAGGAGAGGACACAGUAGAGACUGUAUGUUUGGAUGUAAUGAUCAGUCCUGGAGUCUGAUCUGCUCUGAUGUUGCUUACUCUGUCUGUCACAAUAACAGAGAAACAUCCAUCUCCUCCUCCUCUGUCUCUGGUAGAGUAGCAGUGUAUGUGGACUGUCCUGCUGGCUCUCUGUCCUUCUACUCAGUCUCCUCUGACUCACUGAUCCACCUCCACACCUUCAACACCACAUUCACUCAGCCUCUCUAUCCUGGGUUUGGGAUCUGGCCUGGUUCCUCAGUGUCUCUGAGUCCUCUGAGCUACAAUCAUCCAGGAGACUCGGGAGAGAAGCUGCUUUCAGCUAGAUGGGAGGAUCCACACUGCAGUCUGGACACUCUAAGGCUGGAUCAUGGUGGAGAGCAGAGGCUGAAACCUGAUCUGAGGAAGUGUGAGUGUGCUUUCACUUUGAUUCAUUAAAACAAGGCUCAACAUCUUACAGUAGGAUUAGUAUUGUCUUAGUAUUUCUUUUCGAUUGCUAUCAAGCAUCAGUUAAAACGGAAGUCACAUUGUCAAAACUAUUCACACAGAGAAACAGAAAUCACAAACUGUGAAUCAUGUUUCAUUGCUUUAACACAAAAUGCAGUCAAUGACCACAUUUUCCAAAAUCCUUGAACUCUUUUCUCAUGCAGACUCCACCACAAGCAGAACACUUUAUUUCUGCAGCACAUUGAUCAAAUGCUAAGACUUGUAAUUGUUAUUUUUUAUUUACUUUUCAUUUACAGCAUAAGUUGAUUUGUUAUUGAAUGUAUGGUUAUGUCAUGUGUUAAC